UUUAUUUAUAUAUACUACCACUCUCCCUACCCACUCUCUCACUCUCACUCGCACUCUCUUUACUCUCUACUCGUACUUGCUUUAUCCGCUGAGCUCCUGUCGAUGAUUUCUCUGCUCAUCAAUAUUUUUUGUUUUUGUUUGGUUAGUCAAAUGGGGGAGAAUGUGAAUAAAAGAGUGAGCUUCAUACACUGGGUCUGUUGAAGUUGAUUGGUGUUAAACAUAUACAUAUUUACAGUUUGUGGGGGAAACAGACAGCAAAUAUGAGGUCUUUGGAGUUUGGGUAUAAAAUUCUGGUGUUAUUUGGCCUUUUGAUUAUGGGAAAAGCAGAUAUUUACAUAGUAACUGUUGAAGGAGAGCCUGUAAUAAGUUACAGAGGCGGUGUUGAUGGUUUUGAAGCCACUGCUGUGGAUUCUGAUGAGAAGAUUGAUGUUACCAGUGAAACAGUGACAUCUUACCGUCAUCACCUAGAAAAGAAACAUGAUAUGCUUCUGGGGAUGCUGUUUGGUCGUGGGACCUACAAGAAACUCUACAGCUAUCGACAUCUUAUUAACGGCUUCGCAAUUCAGAUUUCUCCUGAGCAGGCAGAAAUUCUUAGACGAGCCCCCAGUGUGAAAUCUGUGGAGAGAGAUUGGAAGGUGAGGAGACUUACAACACAUACGCCACAAUUUUUGGGGCUUCCAACUGGAGUAUGGCCAACAGGAGGUGGCUUUGAAAGGGCUGGAGAGGACAUUGUAAUAGGAUUUGUGGACUCAGGGAUUUAUCCUCUCCAUCCAAGCUUUGCAACCUACAAUACUGAACCAUAUGGGCCUGUUCCAAAAUACAGAGGAAAAUGUGAAGUUGAUCCUGAUACCAAAAGGAACUUCUGUAACGGGAAGAUUAUUGGAGCCCAACAUUUUGCUGAAGCUGCAAUUGCAGCUGGAAUUUUUAAUCCUGCAAUUGAUUUUGCUUCUCCCCUGGAUGGAGAUGGACACGGAAGUCAUACAGCAGCUAUUGCUGCUGGUAAUAACGGGAUUCCUGUUAGAGUGCAUGGAUAUGAAUUUGGGAAAGCAAGUGGAAUGGCUCCCCGUGCCAGAAUUGCUGUGUACAAGGCACUAUACAGGCUUUUUGGAGGGUAUGUUGCUGAUGUGGUUGCUGCUAUUGAGCAGGCUGUUUAUGAUGGUGUGGACAUUCUCAAUCUCUCGCUGGGGCCAAACAGUCCUCCUGCAACUACAAAGACCACAUUUUUAAAUCCUUUUGAUGCUGCACUUCUUUCAGCUGUGAAGGCUGGAGUGUUUGUUGCACAGGCUGCUGGAAAUGGAGGUCCUUUUCCCAAAACCGUGGUGUCAUACAGUCCAUGGAUAACAUCUGUUGCUGCUGCAAUUGACGACCGCAGAUACAAAAACCAUCUGACCCUGGGAAAUGGGAAAAUUUUGCCAGGAAUUAUGUUGUCACCUGCUACGCAUGCAAAUCAAACAUUCACUAUGGUUGCAGCUAAUGAUGUUUUGCUGGAUUCUUCAGUUAUGAAGUACAGCCCUGCAGACUGCCAGAGGCCAGAAGUUUUAAACAAAAAUUUGGUGGAAGGAAACAUUCUUCUUUGUGGCUAUUCCUUUAAUUUUGUUGUUGGUACUUCAUCAAUCAAAAAGGUCACAGAAACAGCCAAGAGCCUCGGUGCAAUUGGCUUUGUUCUUGCUGUAGAAAACAUUUCUCCAGGAACAAAAUUUGAUCCUGUUCCUGUUGGAAUUCCUGGGAUUCUGAUCACAGAUGUUAGCAAAUCAAUGGAGCUUAUUGAUUACUACAACAUCUCCACAUCAAGGGAUUGGACUGGACGUGUAAAAAGCUUCAAAGCAACAGGCAGCAUUGGAAAUGGGCUGAUGCCCAUAUUCCACAAAUCAGCACCACAAGUAGCAUUGUUCUCUUCCCGAGGGCCCAACAUAAAAGAUUACAGUUUUCAGGAUGCGGAUAUCCUCAAACCAGAUAUUCUAGCUCCUGGUUCUCUAAUUUGGGCUGCCUGGUCUCCAAACGGAACAGACGAGCCUAAUUACAUUGGAGAAGGAUUUGCGAUGGUAUCUGGAACUAGCAUGGCUGCACCUCAUAUAGCAGGAAUAGCUGCUCUUCUAAAGCAGAAGCAUCCUCAUUGGAGUCCUGCUGCCAUCAAAUCAGCAUUGAUGACGACAACAACAAUACUGGACAGAGCAGAGAGACCCAUUCAAGCUCAACAGUAUUCCAGGUCUGAAACUAUGACACUGGUCACAGCAACACCUUUUGAUUAUGGGAGUGGCCAUGUCAAUCCCAGAGCUGCACUAAAUCCUGGACUCAUAUUUGAUGCAGGUUAUGAGGAUUAUCUGGGGUUCUUGUGCACUGUACCUGGAAUUGAUGCCCAUGAGAUAAAAAAUUACACAAAUUCACCUUGCAACUACACUCUGGGCCACCCAUCUAACCUGAAUACCCCCUCAAUCACAAUUUCCCAUCUUGUGGGGACUGAAACUGUAACACGCACAGUAACAAAUGUUGCCGAGGAAGAAACCUAUGUCAUCACAGCAAGAAUGGCACCGGCAGUUGCCAUUGAAACCAACCCUCCAGCAAUGACUCUGAGAUCUGGUGACACGAGGAAAUUCUCUGUGACUCUCACAGUCCGAUCAAUAACAGGAACCUACAGUUUUGGAGAGGUUUUUAUGAAAGGAAGCAGAGGGCACAAAGUGAGAAUCCCUGUAGUGGCUAUGGGUUACAACCGGUAACUUCUGUUUGUUCUCUUGAUAGAGUCUUACAAUUUGUGAUAUUCUUUGUAAUACGUGGGAAUAAGAAACAUAAUGUGUCUAGAUGUAAUGGUCUAAUAUUGGUCUAGUAUAUAUAAAGGUGACUUAGUAUAUAGGUAGAGGUGAAUUAGUAAGAUGUUCUGUAAUAUGGUGGAAUGCCUUUGUAUUCCCACUUCACUUAGGCAUAAAGAGCCAUAAAGAGCCUUUGGUUAUUGGGUAUUAGAUGUUGGGUGAGAAUAAACCUAGGUGGGGGAUUUUAUGUAACUUUACUAUUGUAUUCUUGACUCUCCUUACUAGCGUGUGAACCGUGCUACGCACAGAUUAAAGUAGUAAAUAAUUCAUAAAAAAUAAUAAUUAUGACACUCA